CUGAGCUGGCCUUCUCCCUUCGAUCUCAUUCAUUUCUCCAUCAUUUCCUUCAAGAUACUUUGUAGAUUUUUCUCUCCCUUUCAAUCUCUGCGUCUAAAAGACGCAAUCAACAGAAACCUAUGUUCAUAUCAUUUUUCCUUGCAAGCAGGAACACUCUUUUUGAUGUUCAGGUCAAUUCCAUUACGUUGAUUAAGAAAGUAAGAAGAAGCUAACGGCCGCCUGCCCUUCCUUGUUAUCUCUUUUUUUUUGCGGUGGUGGCAGUAGUGACAUAAACCGGUGAAGAUUAAACGAAGUGGUACGCAGAAAUUAGCUAACCAUGGCGAACGCGACAUCGGCCAACGGGACUAAUAUGACUAAUGCAUCAGAUACUUCAAUAGUAUGCUAUGCCCCAACCAUGAUAACCACCAAUGGUAUUUGGCAGGGAGAUAACCCUUUAGACUAUUCCCUCCCUCUUUUCAUCUUGCAGUUGACUCUGGUCGUCGUCACCACUCGCGUUCUCGUCCUCCUUCUCAAACCCUUUCGGCAACCUCGUGUCAUCGCAGAAAUCAUGGGUGGAGUGUUAUUGGGUCCAUCGGUGCUUGGACAGUAUAAACCAUUCGCCGACACAAUAUUCCCCAUGAGAAGUGUGAUGGUGAUCGAGACCAUGGCAAAUGUGGGUCUCCUCUACUUCCUCUUCUUGGUCGGCUUGGAGAUGGACAUUUCCGUUAUUCGCCGCAUGGGCAAAAGAGCCGUUAUUAUUGCUGUUGCCGGCAUGAUCCUCCCCUUCGCCAUUGGUGCCGCCUUUUCGUUCCUCAUCCACGAUAGAGGAAAAUCAAUGAACCAAGGUACCUUCAUUCUCUUCCUCGGCGUUGCCCUCUCCGUCACCGCCUUCCCGGUCCUUGCUCGAGUCCUGGCCGAGCUCAAGCUCGUCAACACCGAGCUCGGCAGGAUUGCUUUAUCCUCGGCACUGGUAAACGACAUGUUCGCUUGGGGUCUCUUAGCUCUGGCCAUUGCCUUGGCGGAAAAUGACUCCACUUCGCUGGCUUCCCUCUAUGUUGUUUUGUCUAGCAUUGCCUUUGUUUGCUUUUGCAUAUUCGUGGUCCGACCUGCAGUGUGCUGGAUUAUCCGAAGAACUCCAGAAGGAGAAUCCUUUAGCGAGUUCUACAUUUGCCUUAUUCUCACCGGGGUCAUGAUCUCCGGAUUUGUUACUGACGCCAUAGGAACACAUUCCGUUUUUGGGGCUUUCGUGUUUGGUUUAGUCAUCCCUAAUGGACCACUUGGCGUCACUCUCAUCGAGAAGCUCGAAGAUUUUGUUUCGGGGCUUCUGCUCCCUCUUUUCUUUGCCAUUAGCGGACUUAGAACCAAUAUUACUACGAUCGAAGGAAUUGGAACCUGGGGCCUUCUUAUACUCGUUAUCUUUCUCUCUUGCAUCGGAAAAAUAGCCGGUACAGUCAUUGUCUGCCUCUUUUACCAGAUGCCAUUUGACGAAGGGUUCACUCUAGGACUGCUCAUGAACACAAAAGGCCUCGUCGAAUUGAUUGUCCUCAAUGUCGGCAAAGACCAGAAGGUUCUAGACGAUGAGGCCUUUGCAAUUAUGGUGAUUGUAGCUGUUGUUAUGACUGGAAUCAUUACACCAAUAGUAACAACAGUUUACAAGCCGGCAAGAAGGUCUAUACCUUACAAACGAAGAACGAUUCAAAGGUCGAAACCCGAUGCGGAGUUACGAGUACUUGUUUGUGUCCACACACCUCGAAAUGUGCCUACAAUGAUCAACCUUUUAGAAGCCUCUUACCCCACAAAGCGAUCUCCUUUGUGCGUCUACGUACUCCAUUUAGUUGAGCUCAGUGGCCGUGCAUCUGCAAUGCUCAUUGUUCAUAACACUCGGAAAUCUGGUAGGCCGGCGCUCAAUCGAACCCAAGCUCAGUCUGACCACAUCAUAAAUGCGUUCGAGAACUACGAGCAGCAUGCCGGUUGUGUCUCGGUGCAGCCCUUGACUGCAAUCUCACCAUACUCUACAAUGCACGAAGACAUUUGCAACUUGGCAGAGGACAAACGUGUUGCCUUUUUAAUUCUUCCUUUCCACAAACAGCAAACAGUGGAUGGAGGAAUGGAAUCCAUGAACCCGGCUUUUAGAACAAUGAACCAAAAUGUAUUAGCAAAUGCGCCAUGCUCAGUCGGAAUUCUAGUGGAUAGAGGUCUCAAUGGCUCCAAUCGCGUGGCUGCAAACCAGGCAUCUCACAAUAUAGUGGUACUUUUCUUCGGUGGACCGGACGACCGAGAGGCGUUGUCAUAUGCAUGGAGGAUGUCUGAACAUCCAGGAAUAACUCUUGCAGUCAUGCGUUUUGUUCCCGGGCCGGAAGUCGCGGAGCCGGUAGGAAUAGUGAAACCCGAUCCUGAUGCCGCAAACAACGGCAACAACAAUUCAAAGAUAUUGUGUGUCGAAACGGACGUGGGGUGGGAGAAGAAACUCGACGAGAAGUUGAUAAAUGAGUUUAGGACACAAAAUAUGAACGACGAAUCAAUUGUGUACCUGGAGAAGGAGGUGAACAAUGGAGAGGAGACGGUGGCGGUGGUAAGGUCAAUGGACAGCGUGCAUGACCUAUUUAUAGUCGGCAGAGGACAAGGCAUAAUAUCGCCAUUAACGGCGGGGCUAACCGAUUGGAGUGAGUGCCCGGAACUAGGUGCAAUUGGGGAUUUGCUUGCGUCUUCCGACUUCGCAACAACCGCAUCGGUUUUGGUAGUGCAACAAUUCGUUGGUGAUGAAGGGAAUGCAGUAGUCGAACACGAGCUCGAGGAUCCCAAUGAGGGGCACGGAACACCGCAACCGGUAGCCAGCAGCCCAGCAGAUGAACCUCAAAAUGCGCAGUUUGGCAACAUCCAGCGACAUAUGAACAAGCGGACUCAACCACCACCUAGGGUACAAAAUACUAACGUGUACAGCCCCUAAACACCAUCUUAAAAAGCUAGUACAAACUUUGUCCCUUUUCUGUAUGCUACAGUUUCUCUUUUGUUUAUAAUGAACCAAUGGCAGAUAUAUAUACAGAACUAAUACAUAAUCUAUAGACAUCUUAUGCCUGUUAGUAAAUUAAGUCCUGAGGGUUGAUUAAGAACUUUCCUUUUUCACUAACUCAACACAUUAAUUGUAGCUAUAUAUGUGUGUGUGUUUGUGUCUAGCUAUGAAAAGUAAGUAUACUUGUAUGCUAAUGCUGUAGAAUAUUCUGUAAAUAUUUA